UCACCAAAGCCAACCGUCCACACACACUGGGCGGCCAUAAGCUGCUCAGCCACACACAAUUACGGCAAAAGCAACACACAAUGCGAAGGUCAAUGCCCACUAUUUUCGCGUGUAUUGUUACCCUGGCGCGAUGAGGAUGAUGGUAUUGUUGUCAGUAGUGCGGCACUAGCUCCCAGGCACUCCCCUUGGCGCAGCACGGCCAUCUCUGACACAGACAGACACAAAGGCCAAUCAACUCUGUCGGUCUGUGGGUGGGCGGCAAGGGUCACCCACUGCCAGAAAAGUGAAAAUUGUGGCUGCGUCGGUGGUGUGUGUGUGCAGGUGCUGCUCACCUCUGCUUUUGGCACUCGUGUGGCCCAUGAGCUGAUGCACUUGACCCAUGUAAUGGAUGUACCGCACGACACCCACAGAGCCAAACAGACCGUCCAUGUCGGUGUCAAUCGGACGCAGCAACACCUGAUAGAAAGGAAAACAAAAGACAUGGUGUGGUGGCGGGGAGGAGGUCCCAGUGUGGCUCUCUUUGUGGUUGGUUGGUUGGCCUUUUCGAGGAUGAACUUGCCUUUAUUGUACAUUUGCGAUUCCUCAAAAGCCUCCUCGUACCGCCAACCUGACAUGGCACCCAUAACAUCAACACACACAGGGUGUGCCAAAAAAGAUCCAAAGCUGUGGCGCCUUGGUGUCUGCUCACCUGCCGCUGUAGCCUCUCAGCGUGCCACUCGUGCCACCCGUGCUGGCACAUGCCGGCUGUGCCGUCCCAGCAAUGCCCUCAUGCCCCAGCAUGCCCACCUGGGCGGCAGAGAGAGAGAAGGGAGGCACCAACACACCUGCACAACAGCACACACGGCACAUAGGGAAAUGAGUGGACGGACGGAUGGAUGGAUGGAUGGAGAGGGCGUGACACCAGCCCACCUGGGGGGCAGAGAGAGAGGAGGGAGGCACCAACACACCUGCACAACAGGACACACGGCACAUGGGGGAAUGAGUUGAUGAACGAAUGAAUGGAUGGUUGGAUGGAUGGAUGGAGAGGGCGGGGAGAGAGGGCCUAAUGAUGUGUAGAUUGCCACACAAUUGAUGUGCAGAUUGACACAGCGCCCUGGCACACACACGGCACACACAAUGCACAGGGCCGUUUCGUUAUACGUGUCUGAGCCUGUCUGCACAGCCACCCACCCACCCACCCACCCACAUUAACUGAGCGCGGCGGCAACGCACUGUGGUGAUGGAAACCACAGCCAUAUGUGCCUACCCGUACACAUGCAU